UACCCUGGGUUUCAUCAAUGUCCAAUCAAACAGCAGACUUCAAACGCUUUGAUGAGAAGCAAGCAGACCUCGAUGUGACUACUUUGCGACAGAGACUUUCCUCUGGUACCCGUCCUUACAGUCUGUCCUUGUCACCUAUGGAUUAUCACUAUUCUCCAAAACCAAAGCACCUCCGUGUGCCCCGUUUACUUCGGCUUCUGGGGUCCUCCUUUGACCCAUUCUGGAUGUCUGUGGAGAAACCAAUACACAAUGAUACCAACAAACAUCUGUCGGCAUUUAGCCAGGACCUUUUUGAGGGUGCCAGUCGCUACCGAAAGAAGCUUACCCAGGAGGCACAGUAUAUUGACUUUGGUGCUCUCAGACUGCCAGCAGAACUGUCUGAAAAUAGUAGCCAGGUCUUGUUGAAUGAACUGCGUCGGUGGCUUGUACAGAAAGCAAGCUGCCAGCUAACAUCUACAUGGGUGGAUCUGGGCCCGGUGUUUUGGCCUCGGUGGGUGCGACACACUAACUGCGAUGAAAGCAACACAGCAUGCUCCUGGCCCCCUGGAAUGUCUUGCCGUCAGGCUCAGCUCACUCAAAUUAAAUUGCUAGCCUGGCACUGCUGGAUGCAAGAUGCUGGCAAAGGCUGGACAUCUCAAAACUGCAUGUGGAGGCAGGUACCUUAUCCAGUAGUGGCUGCCUGUAAGUGUAUGUGCAGGUGA